CCUGGCCUAGGUUCUCUAAUGGAUCGCAGAGACGACUGAGCGGCGUGUAGCGGAGGAGCUAAACAUGGAGAAAAACAUUGGCUCGCUACGGGAUCAAGCCCUGAAGAGAAAAGAGAGGUUAAAAGCACUAAGAGAAAAACAACUUCACGGAAGACCGCAAGAAGAUGGAGAGCCAGAGCAUAAAAAAGCUACACUGGAGGAGGAGGAGGAGAGAACGGAGGAGAGACACAAGGAGCUGAAGCUGAGGAACUACAUUCCAGAGGAUGAAGAGCUGAAGGAGAGGCAGGUCCCCAAAGCCAAACCUGCGUCAGUGGAGGAUAAAGUCAAAGACCAGUUAGAGGCAGCCAAUCCCGAACCCAUCAUCGAAGAAGUGGAUUUGGCUAAUCUGGCGCCAAGGAAACCAGACUGGGAUCUGAAACGGGACGUGGCAAAGAAACUGGAGAAGCUAUCAAGGAGAACACAAAGGGCCAUCGCCGAACUCAUCCGUGAUCGUCUGCGAGGCAGCGAAGAGGAGCUGGCUAGAGUCGUGGGAGCCGUUCAAGAAGACCAGAGGGACUCGGACUGACUUGAUUGAACAGAAGAAAAGCGGAACAUUUUGUUGUCUUUUUAUUUUUGUAUCAUAAAAAUCCAAGCAUACAAUCUGUUUACAUGUUUUCAACUAAAAUAAAAUAGUAAUUUCCACACUUUAAA